AACACAUGAAAAAAGAAGUGGAUUACUGAAAGUGACAGGGACACGGCAUACUUCCAUGCUUGGGUGAAGAAGAGGAAAAUACAAUAUUUCUACCAUACAAGACAGCAAGGGCAAAAAAGUUGAAGUUACAGAUGAUAUAGCUGGGGUACUACUGGACUAUUAUGAAGAUCUGCUAGGAUUUCAUAGAACUGUUGAAAUGAUUGAGCCUAAAGUUAUUGAGGAAGGGAAGACACUGAAUAUACAGCAGCAGCUGAUGCUGAUCAAACCUAUAAGCCCUCAAAAGAUCAAGGAAAUCAUAUUUGGGAUAUCUAGCACAAAGAGUCCAGGCCCAAAUGGAUUUGGAAGUGGUUUCUUCAAAAAGCAAUGGCAUGUGGUGGGAACUUUGGUGACAGAGGCAGUGAUGGAAUUUUUCCAGAAGGACAAAACACUGAAUCAGGUCAUAUCCAAAAUAAUAUGUGGUAGAUUAAGAGGAGUUCUAAAAGAGCUGGUAAACUGGAAUCAAGGGGCAUUUGUGGAGGGCAGGGAACUACUUCAGAAUGUUCUUUUAUGUCAAGAAUUGGCAAGAGGAUAUGGCAGGAAAAACAUCUCCCCUAGAUGUCUCCUGAAGCUGGAUAUUAGGAAAGCUUAUGACUCGGUUAGUUGGGAAGCAGUGAGAGGGAUAUUAACUCAUAUGAAGUUUCCUGAACAGUUUGUCAGAUGGGUGAUUUUCUGUGUAACUACCCCCUCAUAUAGCCUAGUUGUUAAUGGUGAGCCUCAUGGGUAUUUUAAGGGCACAAAUGGACUCAGACAGGGGGAUCCUAUCUCACCCUUAUUAUUUGUUCUGGUUAUGGAGUACCUAACUAGCCUGUUCAGCUAUUCUACCAAAAUUUCCAAGUUUCGUUACCAUCCUAUGUGUGCAUCCCUGAAGGUGGUAAACCUAAUAUUUGCUGACGACUUAAUAGUGGGUUGCAAAGCUGAUGUUAAAUCUGUUAAAGUUAUCAUGGAGGUGCUGGAAAGAUUCAACAAGUGUACAGGGCUUCAAAUCAACAAGGAGAAAUCUUCUAUUGUGUUUGGAGGCUGUAAGGAGGAUCUGGAAAAGGAGAUUAUUAGCAUCACACAGAUGAAUAAAGGAGAACUUCCUUUUACAUACCUGGGUUGCCCCAUCUCAUCAUCCAGGCUAUCUAUUCAGGACUGUGACAACCUGGUUGAGAAAAUUUGUGCCAAAAUAACUACUUGGAGCUCCAAGCACCUUACAUAUGCAGGUGAUGAAGACUAUCCAAGCAAUAUGCAGAAAUUUUCUCUGGAACUCAAAAGCAGAAUACAGUAAGGUCCCUUUAGUGAGCUGGGAAGAAACUUGUCUUCCUAAGAGCUGCGGAGGACUAGGGUUGAGGAACAUGGUCCUAUGGAACAAAGCCUCAAUCAUGAAACUGAAUUGGGAUAUCCACAAUAAGAAGGAUAUACUCUGGGUGCAAUGGAUCCACACAAGAUACAUCAAAAAUGACAACUACUGGGAGUACACCCCUAGGCCUAAUUGUCGUACCUAUUGGAAUCAAAUGAUGAAAGUUAGGAAUCUGUUUACCAGCAUGCCUAGAGGGGAAAGGUAUACAACUCAACAGGGUUAUGAAUGGCUUAUAGGCGAACAUCCCAAACCAAUAUGGACAGACUGGGUUUGG